ACCUCUGCUUCCAGCUUUUUUAAGUAUUUUGCGGGAGGAGGAACACCCCAGGCCCUUCUGGAGGAGUCUGAACCCCUUUUCUGUUCCUAGCAGGAGCCGCUGCCAUGGCCUCCAAAUCCGAGAAGAGGGUCGCCUCGUCCGUUUUCAUCACCCUGGCACCUCCACGCCGGGGGGACACGGCUGUGACUGGGGAAGUGAGGCAGGCCCUGGCCCCGGGAAAGACUCCCAGGGGCGGCGUGGCUGGGAGACCCGGCCCCUGGGCCCCCGCCAGCAAGGCUGCAGCCUCCGUCCCAACUGGGCCUUCACAGUUCUCCAAUGGAGAGUGCCUGCUGCCCCCUCCCGCCCCGGAGGGCGGUGAGGAGUCCCUGGCCGACCUGGACCUCCUCCCGCCUCCGCCCCCGCCAGCGUUCCUGCCCCCUGGCGAGGAGCCCCCCGUGCCCGUGGGGGCCUCACUCGUUUCGGACUUGGAGCAGCUGCACCUGCCCCCGCCCCCACCCCCACCCCAGGCUCUGUCAAACGGCCCAUUGGCCCAGCCUCGGCCCAGCCACUUCCGGCCCUCAGAGGAGGAGCUGCCGCCUCCCCCGGAAGACCCUGUCCGUCCUCCGGAGAGAGAGGCAUCCACAGAUGUCUGCGGCUUCUGCCACAAGCCCGUGUCCCCGCGGGAGCUGGCGGUGGAGGCCAUGAAGCGGCAGUACCAUGCCCAGUGCUUCACCUGCCGCACCUGCCGCCGCCAGCUGGCCGGACAGAGCUUCUACCAGAAGGAGGGGCGGCCGCUCUGCGAAGCCUGCUACCAGGACACGCUGGGCAAGUGCGGCAAGUGCGGCCAGGUGGUCUGCGACCAGGUCAUCAGGGCUCUGAGCCAGGUCUUCCACCCGCGCUGCUUCACCUGCGUCACCUGCGCGCGGUGCAUCGGCGACGAGAGCUUCGCCCUGGACAGCCAGAACCAGGUGUACUGCCUGGACGACUUCUACAGGAAAUUUGCCCCUGUGUGCAGCAUCUGUGAAAAUCCCAUCAUCCCCCGGGACGGGAAGGAUGCCUUCAAAAUUGAGUGCAUGGGGAAGAACUUCCACGAGAACUGCUACAGGUGUGAGGACUGCAGCGUCCUCCUGUCCGUGGAGCCCACCGACCAGGGCUGCUACCCGCUCAAUGACCGUCUCUUCUGCAAGCCGUGCCACGUGAAGCGGAGCGCGGCGGGCUGCUGCUGAGAGCCCCGGCCCGGCCCUCACUUGGUUUCCCUUCCACACCCGCUCUUGCACACUCUCUUCCUGAGCCUCGGUGGGGACAGCGGGCACCUCGGCCUGGGGUGUCUAGUAUAGGGGGGGACUGAGCACCCCCCUCACUUUCAGUUCCUCCCCCUCGCGGUAAGCACCCUUCGAUCCCUGAGGCGCCCCCCCCCACCUCGGGGAGGCCCUCGAGCAACUGGCCUUCACCCAUUUGGGGGGUCGGGUUCCAGGUUCGCCCCUGGUGCCCCUAGCACUGACACGGCCCUGCACAGAGCGGGGAGAGGCGGCGGCCUGCGGGCCUGAGCCACCCGAGGGGAACCCCACUAUUCUGUAAAAAGAGCAGGGGAUGCCAGGGGCGCACGCCGGUAGGGGAGAAGCCAGCCAAGGCAGAAAAGGCCUUGGAACGGCAUCUCCAAUUAACCAGCAAGAUGCCGGGCUAGAGGUGUGGCUCCAGGGGUAGAGCAUCUGCCACAAAAAGCACAAGGCACUUGAGUUCAAAUCCUGAUAGGGACCAAAAAUGACAGAGGGUGGAGAGGAGAGGCUUUGGGGAAACCUAAGACUUAUGGGAGGAAGGAAGAUACUCUGGAUGGGGGAGGGGUCUUUUUGUCCUUGUUUCUUCUAGUUUUCCUUUUCUUUGAAACAUCUCCCUUUGACUAUCAAUGCACAAGAAUGUGACCCCGUGGUGACAUGGCCACGGACUUGCAGAGUGGAUCCUG